AUGGCAUCAAUUAAUAAGUUAUCAAUGUUGCAAAUAGAUUUUGACCAUCUCAAAAUUUUCAAAGAUCAGCUAAUAUACUUUUGUAAAAAAUUGAGAAUCAUUUUUAAAAGUGCAAAUGAGUUUUUUAGUAUUGAUAGCAUUGAUAUUUUGCAAUCAAUUCAAUGGGAAAAAUUAGAUAAAUUAGAUUCAUUUGAAUUACAUGUUUACUAUGGGGACUUAUUCUCUGAAACACUUUUUGAAGACAUUGAUAAAAUGACAGGGCUUAUAUUGAAAAGCUCUGAUAAUUUAAGAAAAAUUAAAAUCCGAUAUAACUAUCCAUAUUCUAAUAGAACAUUGAAAUUUUUGAAUGAGCUAAAGUAUUGCCUGAAUUUAAGAGCACUAGAUUUGGAGGUAUGUCGUCUUCCAAUGUUUGUUGCUAAUGAUAUUGAAUUUCUUGGAAAUUGCAAUGAGCAUGUUCAUAAUAAUUUGAAUCGCUUGAAAUUGAAUUUUGAGAGAAAUUUUUUGUCUCUCGAAUAUCUUAUAAACUUUAAAAAUUUAAAGGAUUUAUGUAUUAUCUGUGAUACAAUGCCGGGAAUUUUUGGUGUAUGGAGUUUGAGCAUGUUGAAAAAAUUGUCAAUAUAUGGUCAUAAAAUAAUUCAGAUUCAAAAUUUGGAUGGCUUGUCUAAUUUACAAUGUCUAUCUAUAAUCUCUAGAAAUAUCACAAAGAUAGAAAAUCUAAACCACUUGAUUACUUUGAAAAUUUUAUCGCUUUCGAAUAGCAGAAUUAUAGAAAUCAACAAUCUAGACAAUUUAAUCAACUUAGAAGAGUUAUGGCUUUCUUUUAAUUGCAUCAGAAAAAUUGAAAAAUUGGAUAAAUUAACUAAAUUGACAAAGCUAGUAUUGAAUCAUAAUUCUAUUGCAAAAAUUGAAAAUCUAGAAAGAUUGACCAAUUUGAAGCAUUUAGAUCUAACAGCAAAUGAAAUUGAAAACAUUGAAAACUUAGAUAAUUUAACCAGCUUAGCCAAUUUGGAUUUGUCGCAAAAUCGAAUAAAAAAAAUUAGGGGAUUAUCAUCAUUGGUUAAUUUGGUAAAUCUAAACCUAUCUUUCAAUCGUAUUGAUAAAAUUGAAAACUUGUCUACAUUAGUUGAUUUAACUCAUUUGAAUUUGCUGGCAAACGAUAUUCGCAAAAUCAUGAAUCUUUCUCGAUUGAAAAAUUUAACCUAUCUCAAAUUGGAUCAUAAUUAUAAUCUUGGGACAAUUGGGACAAGAAAAUUAAAAAAAUUAAAAGAUUUCAAAGUGGUAACUGAUAGAUGGUAG